AUGAUGAAUUACGGAGGCCACCCCUUCCAGGCGCCGCCGCCGCCGCAACAGCAGCAUCCCCGCCCAACAUCGCAUCAGCAACACCCUCAACACCAUUCGUUACAAUCUCCCUCCAUGAGCGGCGCUGGCCAUCCUGCUCAUACUCACCCGAGACAUGCCAAUGGAUCGAUCCCUGGAGGUGCCAACCCGUUAUUUCGGGGUCAGCCGCAGCCGACAACUACGGAUCUAACCCAUUCUCCUGAUCUUCGCAAAAUGACGACGCCGGUAACUUCCGCGCCGCUGGUCGGGCUGUCAGCAGGGGGUACUUUUAGUCCGUUCCCGGGGAAUUUCCAGGCCCAGAAUUCGUCUGAGAUGUUGUCUCGGAAUACGGACUCGGUGGGUGGGGUAAAAGAUCCGUAUCUGUCAAUGCAGACACUCCAGAGGAACAUCAAUCCCAUGGCGAAUUUUCGUCCUCAUCCCGCUGCUAUGAACUCGGCUCUGUCACCUCAUGCGCAUGCCAUGAAUAUUUCGUCAUCAUCGCAGUCGCCGCAGCAGUCAUCACUCGAACGGUUACAGCAUCCGCAAGUUCAUCACCACCGUCAGGGUUCACAUUCGGCAACAUCGGCAUCGCCCAUGUUAGCGCCUAGUCCACGACCGCAGCAGCCGCCACUACCGCCUCCGCAAUCGCAAUCGCAAUCGCAAUCGCAAUCGCAGUCGCAGUCGCAGUCGCAAGCACAGUCGCAACGUCCGCCUCAUCAUAGUCCGUAUCAGACGCAACGACCGCAAGCGCAAUAUACUCAGGCACAGCAUUAUUCACCAGCGCAACAGCAGGCCCAAUACCCAUCACAGCAAGCGCAAUACCCUCAACAGUUGCAAUAUCCACAGCAACCGCAACCGCAGCCUCAACCCCAACAGAGUUCAUAUCAACCGACGCAACGACCUCAUUUCUCUCCCCAACAAGCAUACCAAUCACAACCGCAAGCGCGUCAUUACCAACAGCCACAGCAGUCAUUACCACAACCCCAACAACCUCAAUAUCAGACUCAGCAGAACCCAUACGCGCCAAAUCCAUACCAGCAAUUCCCCUUUCAACCUCAUCAAUAUCAUCACCCGCAAUCGCAGCAGCAUGCCUUGUUGCAGCAACAACAACAGCCGCCACAGCCACCGCCGCAGCAACAACUCCAGCAACCCCAACAACGGCCAGCAGUGACAACAGCGCCAGCCGCAACGACGGCGCCAAUGUCAAUGCCCUCGACUAUUGGCGUUGCAGAGAUUUUGACGACGGCAACAAAGCAAGAGCAAGAUGAGGAGGAGAAACUGGCACCCCCAAAGAAACGCAGUAAGCCCGCACCAAAGCAGUCGCAACCAUCAACAUCAGCACCAGCACCAGCACCAGCACCAGCACCAGCACCAGCAUCAGUCCCGCAGCAGUUGAAUGGACCAGUCAAGUCCGAAUCGGCCGGUGGUGCUGCUGGUACAGAAAACACACCCCGCCGUCGAGGAAGACCACGCAAGGCGGACAAAGCUGAUGGAACUACACCAGCACAACCCAAACCAAAGCCAAAGGCCAAGUCGAAAUCGACAUCGUCGACACCAAACACGGCUCCAGCCAGUGUUCCUUAUCAGCACCCGCAUCCUGCUCCAUCUCCUCAUGUCCAGGCUGCUCCUCCGCCACCUGCACAAGCGCAGUUUGCACCGCACCUGCCGCAGCAUCAACCCCAAUUUCAUUAUUCUACCUUGCACGCCCAUCCCCAACCUCCGCAGCAGCAACCGCAGCCACCACCUCCCUCCAUUCCUCGACCGCACCACCUACAACAACAACACACUCAAUCCCCGCAAGCACGCCCGGUCCAAAUACAAGUCCAAGUCCCAGUCCCCUCCCCCGCAGCUCAACCCCAAGCUCAACAGCAGUCCCAACAAUCCCCAGAAGGCCAACCCGAAGGACCACCCCAAAAGCGCCGCCGCGGCCGACCCCGCAAAGCCGACACCAUCGCAGCAGGGGGGACAACUGCUGCCCCGCGUCCAAAACCCAAGAAACCAGCUGGUCCACCCAAGCCGUCAAAGACUGGGCGGCCUCGUGGUCGACCGCGCAAGGUGGACGUUGCUGCCCAGCAACAACAACAGGCCCAACAACAAGCGCAACAGCAGUCAGGGAUGGGGACGGGUAUAGAGCAGGGUAAUCAGGCUGCGCCUGCACCCGCACCUGCGCCAACGCAGGCGCCGCCAUCAAUGGCGAUGCAUAUGAGUACGUUGAAUAUGGGGAUUGGGAUGAAUCCUGUUCCGAAAAGGGAUAUUCUUCAUUCAAUUGAGGGGAUGAGGUGA